UAGUAGAGAUUAUUAUUAGUAGCAGCAGUAGUAGUAGUAGUAGUAGUAGUAGUAUAUUCUGUUAUAUCCUUCAACUGUAAUAAAUAGUGCAUUAGUUUGGAUAGAGUAAGAAUUUUGGAGCAUUUUCUUUUUUAGGGUUGUUUUACAAGCUGUGACAAGCUCGACAGAGAAGAAAUAUCCGAGUAAGAGUAAGUGUAUGUGUGAGAGAUAAAGUGAUUUAUAACGUCGUUUGUAUACCGAAGCCAAGCGCGAGGGGAGUGUAGAGUGACGCAUGCGCACUGCGCGGUUCACGGCACCGGGCGUCACACCGCAGGAGCUGCAGAUUUUUUCCCCCCAGUCACAUAGAAGACGAUCAGGAGGAGAAACGGAGAGCAAGACGGCAGGAAGGCCCAGGAGAUCGUAAGCAGAUGAUGAGCUAACUCUAUGCUGUGUGCAAGGAGACGGACGGACAUAUUGAGCUUCUAUUUUCGGGCUUUAGAUGCAGUUCUGCCUCGUGUUCUUACCAUUUGUUGCUGGGAUUAGAACAAGAAAGAUCUGUUCUUAUUUCUCUUCCCUCGAAGAUGGAUGAGCGGAACUGAAUCCGAGUUGUGCAUCAGUUAGAAGUGAUGAGAGAGGACGGUGACGAGUGCCGCGUUGCUGGUGCCGUGUGCGCGCUCGGUUCGGAUCGGUCCGGGUUUGUUGUCCUGUCGCUGUUAUAAUGGAAAGCGCUGAUGGCUCGAGCAGCGACACCAAACCUCAAAGCCAGUCUGUGGAGAAGAAAAGGUUAAACCGUGCACCAUCUCCGGCCAGACCAUUCCUAAAGGAUGGCCACUCCAGAGCUCCUAAAUCCACCGCGCUCACACCGAAGUCUCCUAAAUUCAGUAAGCAGCAGCAUCAGCAGCAUCAGACCGCGGCGUCUUUCACGUCGCACAUCCGCUCUGUAAGACGCGCUGUAACCGGAGCGAAGGACAAACCGGCGCCGGUGAAAAGCGCAGCCAAAUCCUCAACUACUAAAAAGGCCUCAAAGGUCACGCAGGCGAAACCGAUCGGAAAAGCGGCAGAUACCGUCCCUCGACUUGCAAAAAGUGGAAAGGUGAAGCUGAUCCCACUGUCGCGCGCUCCUCUGGCCCACGGUUCAGACUCGCCAGUGCGCGUUCCCACGGGGCGCCUUGCGCAGACAGACAGCAGCUCGGAUCUGUCCGACUGUCCAUCCGAGCCGCUGUCUGACGAGCAACGCCUCGCUCAGGCCGGGAGCAGCGAUGCAGAGUCCGGGGCCGGGUCCGGAUCCAGUGAGCGCGGACACUUGACUGCAGAUGAACCUGCUGAUCCCGGAGCUCUAAGGGCUUCCGGCGGAGCGCGACUUCUCGGACAGAAACCGGACAUCAUCGCGGCUCAGCCAGAAGCUUCACCUGCGCGAGAGAAACCUAAACCGGAAAAACACACAGCGAGCGCGCAGCUCAAACCGGAGGGCGGAAAAGAGCCAGCAGAAGAAGAUUUAUUACGGGAAGUUGAAGAGCUUCGCUCAGAAAACGACUACCUCAAGGAUGAAGUGGACGAGCUGCGUGCUGAGAUGGAGGAGAUCAGGGACAGCUACCUGGACGAGGAGGUGUAUCAGCUGCAGGAGCUGCGCAGGGAGCUGGACCGCUCCAACAAGAACUGCCGUAUCCUUCAAUACAGACUGCGUAAGGCAGAGCAGAAAAGCCUGCGUGUGGCCCAGACUGGCCAUGUGGAUGGAGAACUGCUCCGUAACCUAGAGCAGGACCUCAAGGUUGCCAAAGACGUGUCGGUGCGUCUACACAACGAGCUGGAGAGCGUGGAGGACAAGCGCACACGGGCAGAGGACGAAAAUGAGAUGCUCAGGCAGAAGAUCAUUGAAUUGGAGAUUUCCAAGCAGGCCCUGCACAACGAGCUGGAGAGGGCCAAAGAGAUAGCAGUGAGGAGACGAGGGAGCCGGGAAACGUUCAAGGACAAGAAAUCUCUUUCUCAGGAGGAUAGUGCCGACCUGCGAUGCCAGCUGCAGUUUUCUAAAGAAGAAUCAGCCCUGAUGCGAAAGAAGAUGGCCAAGCUAGGCCGAGAGAAGGAUGAGCUAGAGCAAGAGUUGCAAAAAUACAAGUCUGUGUACGGGGACGUGGACAGCCCAUUACCCAUGACCGAGACACCAGGUGGUGGGCCACACAGCACACGUGAAGCCGAACUCCGGCUACGUCUCAAGCUUGUUGAGGAAGAGGCCAAUAUUCUGGGGCGAAAGAUUGUGGAGCUCGAAGUGGAGAACCGAGGCUUGCGGGCUGAGAACGAGGACCUGCGCUGCCAGUAUGAGCGAGAUUGCUUUGGCCGUGAACCUUUCUCCAGCUUGCCUACAUCUCCUUUUGGUGCAGAUGCUCCAGAGUCUGCGACCGAACUGCGACGCCACUUGCAGUUUGUGGAGGAGGAGGCUGAGUUGCUACGGCGCUCAAUUUCAGAGACCGAGGAUCGCAACAAGCAGCUGACCACCGAGCUCAAUCGCUUCAAAUUUGGACCUUCGGAUGGUGAGGCCAUAGCGGUAGAGGGCGGAGGUGCUUUGGCCAUGCUGAAGCCUGGAAACAAUGGUGCAAGCAUGUCAGUGAGUGGCGUAGUGUCCCUACAGGACGAGCUGAAAGGCGCUAGGAUGCAGAUUAACGAACUAAGCGGGAAGGUGAUGAAGCUGCAAUAUGAGAACCGUGUUCUGAUCUCAAACAUGCAACGCUGCGACCUGGCUGCACAUCUGGGCCUUUAUUCUGCAAGUCCUCGUGAUAGCGAUGCAGACAGUGAUGCUGGCCGCAGGGAUGCUGAGGAGGACGAGACAGGACGGCUCUUACUGCUCCACCCCAAACGAGAAGGUCCAGUCGGUGGAGAGAGCGACUCUGAGGACUUGUUUGAAAAGACGGCCACCUCAGGUUUUGGGAGUGCUGGGAAAGGGUCAGAUAUCGUUGAGCUUGGAGGGGUGGACCUCAUAAAGCGGAGACGGGAGGAUCGCGAGAUGCUUGGUGGUAUCAAACGGGAGGCUGAGCGGCUAGGAAAGACAGUGGAGAGGCUCAUCUCAGACACACACAGCCUGAUCUGCGAGGGGCGUCUUGUUGUGACCGGAGCCGUCUCUGUGGGGGAGGGUUCUGAUUUCAGGGGUGACGGAGACUCAGCAGAGCCCAAACCAGACUCUCAGUCUCAGGUGCUAGAUGCCAUCAAUGCUUGCAUGCGGACAUUCCGGGCAGAGCUUUAUGCCUUUAUAGAGAAAGUGGACCACCUGGGUGAAGGUUUGAGGGACCGCAGUGAUGAUCUUUCGCCAAUGCCUAAUCUAACCGAGUCAAGCAGCUUUUUGUCAACUGUCACAUCCAUGUCCCGUGACUCGCCUAUUGGAACUAUAGGAAGGGACCUGUCCACGGACUUUCAGUCCGGCCGGAGGCAGGAGUUCGAGUGGUCCCUAGGCCGGCGGAAUGGCCCGGAGGAGCCUGCGCUCAGUAGAUACGGCAGGCCCCACAGUGUCAGAGCCGAGCUCCGGGAGCCAUGCCUGUCUGAAGUGGGCACUCCUGCCAGGGAGGCACCGUUCUGUCUGGAGCUCGAGAGGAGAAUGAGAGCAGGACAGGAAGAGAGAGAAAUUCUACCAUCCUCCCUCACACAGGAGGAGGAUCUGAGACAUCUGGAGGCACAUCAAGGUCCGGAGCUGCAGGUUCUGCAGUCGCACGAGCCUGCAUGGCCACAGGAAAGAGCUCUACUGCAGCAGGAAGUGCGCUUGUUCAGGCAGAAUGCCAUCAUUGUCUACAUGAAGCUGCGCUGGAUCCUCAUGCACUGGAGGCUCGGGCGCAGGACCGAUGCAGCCGAGGAGUAUGAACGGUCGGAAAGCAUCCCAGAGGCUGGAACGGUCAAGGAAAGUUCAGAAGAAGACAUAGAGCGGGAGGACAAAUUGUUUCCCCAGGCAUUGUGGGGAGAAACCGCUGACCCUGGAUCACUCUUACAGUCCUCAGAUAAACUCCACUAUCAGAAACAGGUGGGUGACAGUAGACGGGUUCUUCAUGCCCUGCGUUCUCUGCUAGAGGAGUUGAGGGCAGAGCUACGGGAGGAGGCUCAGAGAUGCUGUCAGUUGCAGCAGACACUGGCCAAUGAGAGAGCAGCAUGGGAGAUACAGCGUGCUGAGAUGAGGAGUCACAUUGCUCAGCUGGAGGAGUCAAGAGGAGAAACAUUUGUAGGGGGAACGGACUCCCUGUGGCAGGAGAGAGAGCGAGAGCAGGAGAGGGAGCGUGAGGAGCAGAAGAGGCUUCUAGCUGAUAGCCACAGUGUGGCUCUGGAGCUGCGAUGGAAGCUGCGGCAUGGCGAGCGCCGAUGGACCAGAGAGAGAAGUGAACUCCUUGAGAGCUUCGAGAGGGAGCGACAGGAGCGAGACCGCAACGUACAAGACCUCCAUCGCAAGAUGGAGAAGAUACAACGGGAAAUACCUCUCCAUCACUCUGAAGGAGGGACACCACGUGUCUUCUCCCCUCAGGACAGUCCCUGUAAGGCCCCCAGAUCUCCACGCUCCCCUCGUGGAGCUCACUGUGCUGUGUCUCGUUCUCACUCGGACUCGGAGGCCACGCUGGAAGAGAAAAGAGCAAGACCCAGUGAGAGCCUCUUCUUGGAUGCUUUGUCUCUGGAUCCACCAAACGAGGCAGAGGUUCCACUGUCAUCCAGGCUGGACAGUGAGAAGAGAUAUCCAUGUCUCAAUCAAGCACUUAAUGAGAUCUCAGAAAGAGCAGAUCCUGUACUCUAUCCUGAGGAAGAUAUGAGCAGUGGAAACCUCCUAAGGGCCAAAUCAGUCUGCUCUAUGAAUGACUUCCUGCGUUUGAUGGACAGCUCCCCCUUCCUGCCAGACAAGAGCAAAUCAGGUGAAUGUGGGCAGGAUGAAGUGACUCCCCCCCUAUCUCCUGAUGACCUCAAAUAUAUUGAGGAGUUUAAUAGCAAGGGCUGGGAUCUCUCCAAAUCCCCACUGUCUUCCUGCCCAAUCCCAGGCCCUGUGCUACCCCCUCAGGUAGUGGAUGCAUGGGCAGAUACACACAGACCUGUCCUAUCAUCAUCAGAAGCAUUUCAGCCAGCUGCCUGGUACUUGACCACCAGUGCCACACUAACUACCAAUACCACAAGCAGCCUGGAGCAGUGUCAGCGUCUGGCUGCAAGAGGCUCCCCAGUGCCUGACCACUUUGGCGUGCGUGUUCUCCACAGCCCCACUAGGGCCGAGAGAUUAAGCCCAGUAUCAUCAGAUCAGGAGUACGCAUUGUCCAGGGGGAGCAAAGAAAACGAAGGGGAGGACAUUUUUGGUGGUAGGUGGCCAUGUGAACUGAGACAUUUGGAAGGUGGUGAGAAUGCACCUCUGUGCACAGCAAUGGGUUACACAUCCUCACUUGAGCUAGAAUUGUCUCGGAAUCUUAGUGACGACAUGAAAGAAGUGGCGUUUUCCGUACGGAAUGCCAUCCGCUCCAGCACAGUGACCGGAAGCAGUCCGCCGGACCAUCAAAUGCGUGAUGCAGCAUGCCAGACCAAUGGCUCAACAACACGUGGCACUCAAACCACACAAGGUGUGAAUGUGGCACUGCAGACAUUCAUCAGCAGCCCUCGCCGCUGCCUCACUCCCGUUUCAUCUCCCUCACGUAGCCUCAGGAAGGCACAGUACUCACCUGCCACACAGGCCAAGUUUGAAAGGUCAUGUUGCUCACCAAAAUACGGAUCACCCAAGCUCCAGCGCAAGCCCUCGUGUAUCAAUUCUACACAAGGAAAACCUGAACCCCCUGCCAAUGCAUCCAGAGCUCCAACACCCACUUCUCAGUCUUUGAAGGGCAACAGUGAAUCAGCAUGGGCGCGUUCCACCACCACCCGAGACAGCCCCGUUCACACCACCAUCAACGAUGGCCUCUCCAGCCUCUUCAACAUCAUUGACCAUACCCCAGUAAACUAUGACCAGGCUCAGAAGUUCAAUAAGUCACCCAGCCGCUCCAGGCCCAGUGAAAGUGGGUCUGCAGGUGUUUCUGACCCUAAAACAGCCAAUUUUGGAGCACCACAGGACCCAGCUAGGCCAUCCAGGGGUCGUUCACCCAGCCCUAUCCAGCUCAUAGUGGAAUUACAGGGUGACAAGAACCCAGAAAUGAUUAGCAUCAGGCAAGACUUGUCAGCUCCACCUGGUUACACGAUAGCAGAGAAUGCGGCACGUAUAUUAAAUAAGAAACUGUUGGAGCAGGGCUUCAGGGAGGAGAAGAAACAAGGUACAGCCAUUGCAGCACAGAGCAAAACAGGAGAAGUGGACAAAGCUGGAUGUAUUGAGGACCUCCCCCGAUCACCAGUAGCCCCGCCCCUGGACAGCUGUUUCCUGCGCCCAGCGCGUCCUGCCAAUCGCCGUCCUCCCUCUCGCUGGGCUGCGAGCUCUCCUUCUUCUUCACCCAACUACAGAGACCACACCAAUAGGUUCCGCUUCCCCUCACCAGUCAGACCUGCUGAAAUGAUCCUAGAGACAGAGGAGUCCAGUCAGGAACUACCUCAGCUCCCACCCUGAGGACAUCCUGCACCAGCCAAGCUUGCUCACUGUCCUCCUCUCCUCUCCUCUCCUUUCCUCUCCUUUCCUCACCUCUUUUUUCCUCUCCUCCUUUCCUCUCCUCUUCUCACCUCUUUUUUCCUCUCCUCUCCUUUCCUCACCUCUCCUCUCCUCACCUCUCCUACAAUUACCUUUAGACUUGUAGACGUCCGUUUUCUCCUUCAGGUCUAUUAUCUUGUCUCUGUCUUCUCUAGCAUUCUUUUCUGUUUUUUUCUUGUUCUUUUCUCAUCACUUUACUCCCUAUUUUUCUAUUCUCUCCUACUCAUGACCCUCUGGUCUUCUUAUUUCUUCCAUCUUUCUUUUCUCCUCACCUUCUUUGACUUGCUUCUUUCCUCCCUAUCUCUUCACCUUUCCUGUCCAUCCCGUAUUCCUGAUCAUCUCCUCUGAUCCUCUACCUCUCCUCCUCUACAUAAUCUUCAUCCCCUGCCCUCCUCAUUCACUCUCAAUUCCUCUCCAUCUGUCUCUUCCUUCUUCUCCUUCCCUCUUACAAACCUCUUCCCGCCCUUUUCUUUUUUCCCAUCUUAUCUCCUUUCUCUCCUCCUCCGUGUCUUAUCCUUUAAUCCAGCCUGACCACACAAGCACCAACAGGGUGUUGGAACAUUCUAGACCUUCUCACACCCUUCACAUCCUCAACACAGGGGAUCAGAGAAGGACGCAGUUACUCGAGCACCAGCCAACAAGCAACAACCUUCUAGUACUUUCUGUGAGAAUUCAAGUACCUUGAAUGUACUGAAGCCAAACAACACAACCUAAUCCAUCGGAGGUGCCUAAACACACUUGAUAUCUCAAUGGUCCCAUAUACGUGUGUCUCUGUGUAUAUGCAAUAUGUACGAAUUUCUAUGUGUUUGGUCAGAUUCCGUUUUUUUUUCUUAUAUCCUGGGGAAAAUGGUGACAUCGUUUUGUCUGAAUGUUUACAUGUUGUUCAUUUUUUGGCUUUUUCUUUUAAGAUCUCUUUAUCUCUCAUGUACAUAUACUUGAUCAAAUUAUUUUCUUAUUAUUUAAUGUGAUAGUUUUGUUUUUGUUUUGCUUGUGGCUUCGAUUUAAUUGAGUUCAAAGAAAAGACGUUUCAUUUAAUUGUGUUAAACAAAAGAAAAUGCGGCAGAAGAACAGAAUCCUGAGUCAGGGAAACACGAAACAUGAUGUCAACAACACUGAUGUAUUUAUUACUCCAGAUGUACAACUGAAUGUUAAAUGCACCACAACAGGAAGGAAACUGGCAACUGAUUAUCCUUAUGCAUAUUUUCCUGCAUAAUUUGAUCUGCAUGCCUUUUAAACCCUAGCACUUUAGUGCAUGAUAUUAAAUGCUGUUGUACCUUGUGCUAUAUCUCUAUAAUAUAAGACAGCCCUAUAUAUAAACACACACUCACACACACACACACACACACACACGUGCACACACUCACCCAACCCACUGUCCACGGUCUGUACUUUUACUGGCAUUAAAUUUACAAGUUAGACCACUUUUUAAGUCGCUUAUUGUACUUAUUGCCCUGUCUUUGUAUAGCCGUUAUUAUUGUAUUUAAAUUCUUUCUUUAUUUUAAAGGAUAAAAUGGGUUUGAAAACAAAUGUAGAAUGUUUUAAAUUAAGUCAGUGUCUAAAGUCUAAUGAUAUAAAGUCUGUUUAAUUGUUAAUAAAAUGAAUGUGUAUUUACAGAAA